GGGGUCAGGGGCCGCCAGAUGGCGUAGGAUCAGCUGCUGGUGGUGGUGAUACCGGGUCCCCCGCCUAUGGCGCCGGCGCAGCGCUGCCCUCUGUGCCGCCAGACCUUCUUCUGUGGUCGCGGGCACGUCUACAGCCGCAAGCACCAGCGGCAGCUGAAGGAGGCUUUGGAGAGGCUCCUGCCCCAGGUGGAGGCGGCCCGCAAGGCCAUCCGCGCCGCUCAGGUGGAGCGCUACGUGCCGGAACACGAGCGAUGCUGCUGGUGCCUGUGCUGCGGCUGUGAGGUGCGGGAACACCUGAGCCAUGGAAACCUGACGGUGCUGUACGGGGGGCUGCUGGAGCAUCUGGCCAGCCCUGAGCACAAGAAAGCAACCAACAAAUUCUGGUGGGAGAACAAAGCUGAGAUCCAAAUGAAAGAGAAGUUUCUGGUCACUCCCCAGGAUUAUGUACGAUUCAAGAAAUCCAUGGUGAAAGGUUUGGAUUCCUACGAAGAAAAGGAGGAUGAGGUGAUCAAGGAGAUGGCAGCUCAGAUCCGCGAGGUGGAGCAGAGCCGGCAGGAGGUGGUUCGGUCUGUCUUAGAGCCUCAGGCAGUGCCAGACCCAGAAGAGGGCUCUUCAGCACCUAGAAGCUGGAAAGGGAUGAACAGCCAAGUAGCUUCCAGCUCACAGCAGCCCUCAAACUUGGACCUGCCACCAGCUCCAGAGCUUGACUGGAUGGAGAUAGGACCAUCUCUGACAUUCAUUGGCCAUCAGGAUAUACCAGGAGUUGGUAACAUCCACUCAGGUGCCACACCUCCCUGGAUGAUCCAAGAUGAAUACAUCGGUGGGAACCAAGAAAUAGGACCAUCCUAUGAAGAAUUUCUUAAAGAAAGUAAGUAA